AUGACAUCUCAAAUCGCUGAUGGAUCUUCUACAACUACUAUCAAUCCUUUGAAAAAUGGAUUAGCUGCUCUUAAACCAACCCAUCAAGCGCAUGGCACGUCAACUACCACUCACCUCACUAAUGGUUCACCAAAGAAAAUAAAAAGCUAUAAACGGUUAGAGCUAGAGCGAUUAAUAAGAGAGUUUCAAAAUAAACUAGGUAAGAAUUGGGAAAAGUAUCAUGAAACUUUGAGUUUGUUUUUGAUAGGGAAGUUGUCUCGUGCUGAGUUGAUAUCAACGAUAACGCCCAUAUUAAAGGGGAAGAAUUUGUUGAAAUAUCAUAACAAAUUACUUUUAUUAAAUUUUGCCAAUAGUUUAAAGGAUAAUUCGUCAGAUUUAUCAACCGAGUUUGCAGGUUUCUGGAAUAAAAAAGCUGGUAAGGUCACGAAGAAUAAAAACACUCAAUUUGAAAGAUUCAAAUCGGUGAUCAUGGGAUUACCAGUGAAAGAGCGUAAAAGAAUAAUUGAUAUAUCCCGAGAUAGUGGUAAAAAGGGUAAAAUAGCCACCGAUAUUAUCUUGACUAGACAUGCAAUCUUACCCAAGAUCCCUAUGAUUCAGGACAAAGAACAACAGCAAUUGCAAGUUAAUAAUUUGGUUCAAUGGCAGCAGGAUGUGUUGAAUGGGAUAAAUACACCAAUAGCCACUGAAAAUUACGAGAUCCCUGAUUAUGAUAAUUUAUCGAGAAUGAUGUUAAUGAUCAUGAGAGAGCAUGGGUUAACUGGUGGGUUGAACCCUGGGGUGAUGGAAGUGAUGCUAUUGGGUUUGGAAUCACAUUUGAAGAACAUUGUUGAAACAGCUAUUGAUGUUGCCAAAUAUCGGAAGAAUAAAUAUACCAAUGAUAAUUAUAUCCCAUACAUAAAACCCAACGAAGACGCUCAGAAUAUUAGCAACGAGAAUGCGUUACCAUCAAGCAAAGAUAUCACCUUGUGUAUUGAAGAUUUGCAUGACACAUUGGAAAUGUAUCCUCAUUUAGUCGAAUCGGAAGGUCCCAAAUUGAGAUUAUCUAACGUUAUGCUUGAGAAUGACGACAUGAUUAAUGAUGACUUGAAUUAUUACUUGCCACCCAAAAGUAUAGAGUAUCUUGCAAAAGAACGUCAAGCAGCCACUACCAAUGACGCUUCCACUGGGACUACCAAGCCAGGUAAUAAUAAAGGUAGUAGUGCUGGUGGUUCUUCCGCUGGUGCUACCACUAAUUCGCCAGUAGUAAACAAAACAGAUUCGACGGCGGCAGUAUCAGAAAAGACAGACACGAACCAGCCUUUGCAAACACCUACUGCAACACAGACACCAGUACAAACAUCUGCUCAGGCACCAGCAUCUGCCCCAGCACAAACACCUGCACCAGUUUCUACACCAAUCCUAAGACCCGAUGCUCAUAUUGGAACCACCGAUGAACUAAAAUGGGUAUUGCACGAUUUAGUGUCGACUAUGUAA